AUGUGCUCUGGGGUCCCUGGGGUGUUCGCCCUGCUGUCUGGUGACCUCCUGGCCACCUGGACGGGCAGCACCCGGGGACCAAACGUAGAAUGUAAGGGGCUCCUCCCACGGGACCCCUCAGGACAGGCGCUGGGCCCCUCCCCGAGCUCCCUGCCCCGCCCACAGUCCCCCACAGGGAGCACGGGGCGGGGGGGGGGGGGGGGCUGGCCAGGCUCCGGUGUCCAGAGUGGGUCAAGGCCCCUCCAAGUGCCCAAGCUGAGCCUACAGGGAAGCCCCCAUGUGGCGCACCUCCCCGCCAAGUGGCACCUUCUGCCUGGGGUGUUAGCAGUCCCCCACCUCCAGGCCUCCCCACUCCCCACCCCGCCCCCCCAGAGACUGAAAUUACGGGUACCUGAAGGCAGGAGCCUUUAA